AAUACAAAUGUGUCAUUAAAAAAAACAAACGUGAUUCCCAUUUGAUGUUUGAGAAUUUCAAAUUAGAAUUAUAUAAACGAAUGGAUAUAACUGCUGAAAUGGAAAUAAAAGACGGGUACGGAAGGUCAAAGUUGGCAAUAGAUGUGUAUACAGCUGUAUUAAAUGAUUUAAAACAAAAAGCGCUUAUACACACGGGAAUGAAAAACAUUGAAGAAAUUGACAUAUCUUGGAUUAUGACGGUGCCAGAUGUAUGGAACGAAAGCGCUAGAAAUUUUAUUCAACUGAGUUGUGAAAACAGUGGAAUACCCAAAGAGCAGAUGAUAAUAGUAGAUGAGUCAACUGCUAUUCUAACAUAUUUUCAGGAUGUCCAGUACUUUUGCAAAGAAAAAAUUAUAUCGCAAACUUUAGAUGACAAGAACUAUCUUCUCAUAGACCUUGGUGGUGGAACAUGUGACAUAACUGGUUAUCAUGUAACAGCCGAUUGCGAUGUAGGUGUUCCAAUUGAAUCUACACAUAUAGCAUGUGGUUUCGAUAUAGCAUGUGAUGCACUUCUAGAUCGUAUUUCGUCUAUGAUAGGAGACCGAGCUAUGGAUUGUUUGAAAGAAGAAGAAACAGUCAGCUUCCUACAAUUGAAAGAAAAAUGUUUACAAUUAGUCAAGACAUCAGAAUAUUCAUCAACAUUAAAUGUUCCGAUACGCACGUUUAACGGCUUGUGUAAACGUUUUCGUUUGAUGUCAUUCGAGGAAACUGUUGAUGAUUUUGGAAAAACUCCGUCUUGUGGAAAUUCGGAACGCUUGGAUAUUGAUUUUAAGCUAUCUGGGGACAACCUCAUUGUACGGAAAGGACUUAUAGUCGACUCGCUCAAUGUGGUAAUAAAGAAUGUAAUAACUGAAAUCAAGCAUAUCUUAAAGACACAAAAGGCACAAGACAUUCAGCAGUUUUUCAUUGUUGGUGGAUUCUCAUCUCUAUUUGUUGUUCAAAAUGAGAUUAUGGCGGCAUUCAAAGAGAAAACCAUCUUCUUUGCUAACGACAAAGUAUAUGCAUCUGUUAAAGGUGCACUCUUAUGUGGGUGCAACAAUAUAAGAAUGAAAAAUAGUUAAUGAUUAUAGGAAUACUGGAAAAGAAAUGAUUUGUGGUACAUUGAGACUGAGAGAACAUGAUUUAUUUAUAAGUUGUUGUUAUGAUGUAAACAAACAUUCAUUCACUGUGAAUACUAUAACUUCGGUACAUUGUGUCUGUUGUCUUUUUAUGAUUGAUGUUCAUGCUUUGUGUCGUUUUAAUAGGUCAAGCAACAUCCAACUGAUUUAUGCAGUUGGUUGUGUUGUGCAACGGUUCCGGGUUCGGGAUCGGGUUUUAUCGACUCAUUCUUUGUGUUACUGUCAACAGCCACGAGCCUGUAAUUCAGUGGUUGCGUUGGAUAAGGUAUGUGUACUUGUGUAGCCGAUUGUCGUUGUUUUUUCUUCUGAACAGUUUCAUUUUAAAAUUGUACUGAUAAAUAUUGCAAGUUUAAUCAAAUGAUAGGAAUCAGGAAAGUCCAAUAUAUGUUUGUAUUUAUCACGUAUUUUUAAUUUACGAUUACUAUAAUAUGUAUCUACUAAGUAACUAAGAAGUAUUAACUGAGGAAUGGCUUAAAGUCCAUAUAAGACAGAGCUAAUCCAUAUCUACGAGUGGGGCAUCCGUGUACUAUGGACACAUUCUUGUCUAGGUUAUAACUUUAUUUCAUUUAGCUUCUAUCGUCAAUCACUCAUUAGCUACCAUAAGCUGCUGUCCGCGAAAUCCAAGCAGAACUGUCUCUGCUACACUUUUUUUCUGGUUUUGUUUUUAACAUAAAGGAUGUUUCGAUUUCUUCGGUUGACGUGUUUACCUUCGCAAUAUAGAGGUUUGAUAACUGACUAUUUUGAUUUUUUGAAUGUUGAAGGCCGAUUGUUGGUCUAUAGUUAGUUAAAUCCGAUUGAUUUAGAUACUGUAUGAUAGUUGUCUUAUUGGCAAUCAUAUCAAAUCUCUUUAUUUAAUAUCCAUAUAAAAACGCUCGCUAAACAAGACAAACUGAAUCGUUUUAAGAUAACUUUUAAUCGUUUUUCAGAUUGGAAACGGGGUUUCACUACUAACUGCGAAAGAGGUUUGAUAAGAGCCAUAAUAAGCCUCCCAAAAUUAUUAUUUAUUUAAUAUGUAAAUUGAAAGGGUUUAUAUUCUGUAGACUUCGUCAGUCUAUUUAUAAAAAUCAAAAGGAG